GAUUUCUCUCUAUAUCGGAGCCGUCAUGGAUCUUCGUCGGAGCUCGAUCGUACUAUUGAUCCUCUCAGUUUUAUCUCCUGUGACGCUCUCUAUACGAUACGAGAUACAUUCUGGGCACACGAAAUGCAUCUCCGAGGAGAUUCACGCAAACGCAAUGACCGUCGGGAAAUACAGCAUCAUAAACCCUAACGAAGAUCAUCCUCUUCCUUCUUCCCAUAAAGUCACCGUCAGGGUCACAUCGCCGCAAGGAACGGCUUACCACGAAUCGGACGGAGUAGAAUCGGGAAAAUUCUCGUUUACAGCUGUGGAAACAGGAGAUUACAUAUCUUGCUUCUCAGCCGUCGAUCACAAACCGGAGACGACGCUGAUCAUUGACUUUGAUUGGAGGACGGGUAUUCAUACCAAGGAUUGGUCGAAUGUGGCCAAGAAGAGCCAAGUUGAAACGAUGGAGUUUGAGGUUAAGAAGUUAUUUGAAACAGUGAAUUCAAUCCACGACGAGAUGUUCUAUCUCCGCGAUAGGGAAGAAGAAAUGCACAAUUUGAACAUAGCAACAAAUUCGAAGAUGGCAUGGUUGAGUUUCGUGUCGCUUGCAGUUUGUUUAUCAGUCGCAGGUCUUCAGUUUUGGCACUUGAAGACUUUCUUCCAGAAGAAGAAGCUCAUCUGAAAACCAUUACCAUCUCUUGAAGACAGAGAUUGUAUUGGAAUCCCUAAGACUAUAGCUUUAUAUACACAACUGAAUUCAUUUUGUUACUGGAUUUUUCUGAAACAGACUUUAUCCCGUCUGAUAUGAUCUUAA